CACUCUUAUUCACUUCGAUUCCGAGCAUCAACCGAGAAUCAUUCGUGAUUUGUGUUUCCUUCUAUUAAAUUCAUUCAAAAGAGGAUAUUCUUUAUAUUCUUAUUUUCAAUUUUACCUUUUAUAUAUCAAAUAUAUCAAAAUUAAUCAUGAAAUGUUACGUUUUGUUCAUAUUCAAUUUAAUUUUGUUUUCUAUGAUAUUCGAUGUUGGCCAAUCAAAAGAUAUACCUGAUUUCAUUCACGUAUGCAAACGUAACGAUCCCAAUAUUGUUCCUUGCGUGACUGAAAGUGUCGAAUCUUUGAAACCAUAUCUUCAAAAAGGGGUACCAGAAUACAAUAUUCCAUCAUUGGAACCACUUUUAUUGAAAAAUCUAAUUGCUACCGAAAGAGCUGGUCUCAGGAUAAGUGCUAAGGAUGUAGAAGCCUAUGGUGCAAGUGAUUUCACCAUAACAGAUUUGAAGACAAACUUCGACAAGUUGGAAUUCGAUUUGAAGAUCAAAUUACCGCACUUACAUAUCAAAGGAAAUUACGAUAUCAACGGAAGAGUAUUACUUUUACCAAUUCAAGGUUCCGGACCAAUGAAUGGAAAUUUCACCCAAUGUACCGGAUCUGUCAAAGUACGUGCAGGAAGUACGGAAGAACCUAACGGAGAUCAUCGCCUUUUCAUCGAAGAUUUUCAAAUGAAAAUAACCGUUGGCAAGGGUACCUUAAAUCUUGACAAUCUUUUUGGCGGUGAAAAGGUUCUCGGUGAUGUAAUCAAUAACGCUAUAAACAGCAAUUUCGAUGCAUUCUUAGGGGAAAUGCAACCGUUGAUCGAGAAAGCAUUGUCCGAUGCAUUCCGUGAAAUAGCGAAUGGUAUUAUCAGUAAUUUCACUUAUGAACAACUCUUCCCUUUAAAUUAAUAAUUCAAACCAAGUAGAACGAAAAUAAAAAAGGUAUACAUACAUACGAAAUUAGACUUAUGGAAGAAAAUAAAAAAUAAUAAAAAAAUAAAAUCAAAUCAUAGAUAGAAUAUUUAGAAAACGAUACGGAUGACGAAUGAUGAUGAUGAUAAUGAUGAUGAUAAUGUCAAUGAUUAAAUAUUGAUAAUUUGCCAUUGACAUUAUUGACAAUUUAAAAUGCUACCUCUGGAAUUUUACAUAUAUAUAUAUAUUUAUGUAUGUAUGUAUGUAUAUUUUUAUAGAUCAAAUGAUUAGAUUUUACCACGUCGAAAAUCAUUCGUAUAUUAUAAAUGUUUGAUUUGUAUUAAGAAAUGUAAAAUAUUUCUUCAACUAUGUUAAAAAAAAAUUAUUCGAAGGUUACCUUUUGUAAUAAAGAUUUUCUCAAUACUUUCAAAAGGUAAGGCUUAUUCGAAUUUUAAUUUAUAAUAUCGCUUCUUAGUUUUAUAUUUUAUUUUAUUAUAAUCAUUUCAAUACCAGUAUUCGUAUAAUAUUUAAUUUAAUUCGUAUUAUAAUAUCUAUAUAUAUGCCUGUGAUUCGAACUAAGAGGAAUGUUAUGAUGUUAAUGAGAUUAUAAAAAAAUUCA